CAUUCAUCUCCAUCGUGAUGGGCUCCAUGACCGCGCUGUCACUUUUGCUUCUCUUGGGCUCUCUUCUCUCGAUGGUCCAGGCCGACAGAUCCACAGGCGACACCAAGUUUGCCUUAAAGCUAUUCAGAGUGCUGGUCAGGGACAAGAGCCGUCCGAAUAUCGUAUUCUCGCCAUCGUCAAUCAGGACAGCCCUUGUUUUGGCCUACCUAGGCGCUGAAGACACCACUGCAGAGGAGCUAAAGCAGACCCUCUCACUGGAAGGAUCCGACAAGAAUGACGUGGGCCAAAGAUUCGCUCAUCGUUUGGCCCAAGAACAAAAACAGUCUGGGGAUGACGCUCAAUUCAGCUAUGCCAACUGUAUCUACGUGGCCGAGCGGUACAGGUUUAUUCAGGCCUAUCAAGAGUUGGCCGGUAAGUACUUACGCGCAUCAGCCGAGAAUGUGAACUUCGGAGAGAGAAUGAAAGUGUCCCAGCAAAUCAAUUCCUGGGUCGCGGCGAAGACCCAUGACCAAAUCAAAGACCUUAUCAGCGCUGACUCCCUCAGCUCUGACACUGCCGCCAUCCUGAUUAAUGCAAUCUACUUCAAAGCCCAAUGGGAACAUGCAUUCUCUGAGUCCUUGACGGCGGUGCACGACUUUGCGUCCAGCGAUGGGAAAAAAGUCAAGACGUCCUUUAUGUUUCUGUGGGAGUUUUUUAGAUACGCCGAGUUGCCGUCUCUAAACGCCACGGCAUUGGAAAUUCGGUACAAAGGAACGAACAUUGUGCUCCUGAUCAUUCUGCCUUUAGAGGAGCAGGGACUGUAUGCACUCGAGAAGAAGCUUAGUGAUGUGGACCUGCACGAAAUAAGUUCGCAAAUGAGAAGGGAGCACGUGCAGCUGCAAAUGCCAAAAUUUAAACUAGAGUUUGAAGUCUCCCUGAAGCCUGUCCUACAGCAGUUCUUUCAGCUGGGUAUAAAGACCAUGUUCGAUCCCAAUGCAGACUUUAGUAGCCUUGUCGAGGGCGCGGAAAUGGCGAUCUCCGAGGUGAAGCACAAGGCCUUCAUAGAUGUGAACGAGAACGGAACCACUGCUGCUGCUUCCACAUAUGUGGAAGUGAUGGUAAAGUCAGUUAAACUCCCUAAUAGGAAGACAUACCCCUUCAUCGUCGAUCAUCCCUUUUUGUUCGCCAUCAAGGACGAGCAUUCUACCUUCUUUCUCGGUCAUGUUAACCGUCCAUAUUACUAGAAUAUGUAUGUAGCGAUUAGUCCAUGAAAUAAAAGAUUCCAAACGGCUAUUGUUUACAAUCAGCAGACUCCAACUUUAA